AUGGUCAAAAGAAAAGAUGUUAAGGACACAAUGGGGCGCCGCCCAGCAAGAUGUUACCGGUAUUGUAAAAAUAAGCCAUACCCAAAGUCACGGUUCUGUCGUGGUGUGCCGGACCCGAAGAUCCGUAUUUUUGACUUGGGUAAAAAGAAAGCAGCCGUAGAUGACUUCCCUCUAUGUGUGCACUUGGUGUCCGACGAGUAUGAGCAGCUUAGCUCAGAAGCCUUGGAAGCAGGACGCAUUUGCUGCAACAAGUAUCUUGUUAAGAACUGUGGUAAAGAUCAAUUCCACAUUCGUAUAAGGUUGCACCCGUUCCAUGUCAUUCGUAUCAAUAAGAUGUUGUCGUGUGCUGGAGCCGAUAGGCUUCAGACUGGGAUGCGUGGUGCUUUUGGAAAGCCUCAAGGCACUGUAGCGCGUGUACGCAUUGGGCAGCCCAUCGUGUCAGUGCGCUCAAGUGACCGUUGGAAGGCUCAAGUUAUUGAAGCUUUGCGUCGUGCCAAGUUCAAGUUUCCUGGACGCCAAAAGAUCUACAUUUCAAAGAAGUGGGGCUUCACAAAGUACGAACGUGAAGAAUAUGAGCGUUUGCGUGAUGAGGGUCGCUUUGCUAACGAUGGAUGCAACGUUAGAUACCGACCUGAACAUGGACCUUUGGACGCUUGGAGAAAGGUGCAAAAUGAAAUCUACAGCAUUUAA